GAAUUUCCAGUGGGGAAGGAAAUCAACUUCAUGAACAACUGAGACAGUUGGUGUCACCUGCAGGACCUUGCUGUUCGUUCUUGGGAUUAAAUCAUAAAUUAUUUACAAGGAUUAAAAUUAUUUUCUGGUUAUUAAGUGUAAUGACGGGGACCUAUCGCGUCAAGACGCAGUCCAGUUAAACCAAGUUGUUGUAAAUGGAGCUACUGGUUCAGCAUGGACAUGGCGAAAUGAUGUGCAAAAGGCAACUGAAGUGAACUGCCUGGUGGAUUGUCACUCAUAAUUCAUGUUGAGAAUCCGACUUUUAACCCAAUUUAGCUAACCAGAUUGAAGGUGUGAUUGCUGUGUUUUGACCUUUGCAGACAUCAUGGCUGCAGACGACCAUUACCUUCAUACGUCCAACCAGAUAUUUGACAACAUCAUAAUGGAUCCGUCAUGGGAGUUCACACAUUUUCCUGCGAUGUCUCAGACGUCGUCCCUACGGACAGUGGAUGGACCGUUCCUGCAAAUCGUGGAGCAGCCCAAACAGCGUGGCUUCAGAUUCAGGUAUGGCUGUGAGGGUCCAUCUCACGGUGGUCUACCGGGAGCCUCCAGUGAGAAGAACAGGAAGACCUACCCCACAGUCAAGAUCAGUAACUAUCAGGGUCUGGCCCGGGUGGUGGUGCAGCUGGUGACAGCGCUGACCCCCCUUCCUCAGCUUCACGCUCACAGUCUGGUGGGAAAACAGUGUGACAAAGGGAUCUGCAUUGUCGACCUACAGCCCAAAGAUUCCAACAUCAGUUUUCCAAACCUGGGCAUCCUCCAUGUGACGAAGAAAAACGUGGCAAAGACUCUGGAGGAGAGGAUGAUCGAAGCCUUCAGGAUGGGAUACAACUGUGGGGUUAUGAUUCACCCCGAGAUCGACGCCCAGCAGGGGGAGGUCCGAUUCCCCCGAGACAUCAGCGACCACCAGCGCAGUAUAAUCAGCAGUGCGGCGUCUCUUCAGGCUAAAGAAAUGGACCUCAGUGUAGUUCGGCUCAUGUUCACAGCCUUCCUCCCUGACAGUGACGGUGGUUUCUCCAGACGACUCGAGCCCGUCGUGUCUGAGCCGAUCUAUGACAGCAAGGCUCCAAACGCCUCCAACCUGAAGAUUGUGAGGAUGGAUCGAACUGCUGGCUGUGUGAGCGGGGGAGAGGAGGUCUACCUGCUCUGUGACAAAGUCCAGAAAGAUGACAUCCAGGUUCGGUUCUAUGAAGAAGAUGACUCAGGGUUGACCUGGGAGGCUCUGGGAGACUUUUCCCCCACAGAUGUUCACAGACAGUUUGCCAUCGUGUUCAAGACUCCAAAGUAUCGAGACCAGAACCUGCAGAAGCCGACGUCUGUGUUUGUCCAGCUGAAGAGGAAGUCUGACAAUGAGACGAGCGAGCCCAAACCCUUCACCUACCACCCCCAGAUCAUAGACAAGGAGGAGGUGCAGAGGAAGAGACAGAAGACGUUGCCAAACUUCCAGGAUUUCAGUGGCCAUGGAGGAGGAGGAGGAGGAGGUCUGUACCGAGGAGGAGGAGGUCCCACUGCAGGAGGACCUGGCUCUGCUGGAGGAGGAGGAGGAGCUUACUUCCAGGGCUUCACCACCUACAACUAUGGAGGAGGAGCAGGUGGAGGUUUCUCCACCGGAUACUCAGCUGGUCUGGGAGGAGGAGGGGGCAUCAAACACGCCUCUCAGGGUGAUGUGGCAGACGACAGCAGCGAUGACAGCGACCCCGACGAUAACUCAGGGUCGGGGCUCAUGCUGACCGCUUCACGCCAGCCGGGCGACCUUGAGGAGGGGGAUAAGACUCAGGAGGGAGGGGUCAGAGUGGAGCAACACACAGAUGAGCAGCUGCUUCAGGAGUCCAACAGACAGUUGGAGGCUCUCUUUCAGUACUCAGUAACAGGAGACUCGGCAUAUCUGCUGGCUCCACAGCGCUUGCUGAUGGAUGCACAGGACGAGGAUGGAGACACUGGGCUCCAUCUGGCAGUUCUCCACAACCAGCAGGAGGCACUGAAGAGUCUGACUCAGGUUGCCUCCGCCCUGCCUGGACAGGAGGUGCUCAACGUGAGGAACCACCUCUACCAGACUCCUUUGCACCUGGCUGUGAUCACCCAGCAGAAGAAGGCGGUGGAAGCUCUGCUAUUGGCCGGUGCUGACCCAACUCUGACAGAUCGCCAUGGCAACACAGUGCUCCACUUGGCGUCCCAGCUAGAGGGCGGAGGAGGGAUGGUAGAGUUUUUACUACAGUACAAAGAGCUGAAAGAACUGUUGGAGCAGGCCAACACAGCAGGUCUGUGUGCAAUCCACCUGGCGGUUCUGGCAAAUCAGCUGUCUUCUCUCAGGGAGCUGCUGGAGGGCGGGGCUAACGUGGAGAUUCAGGAGCGCAGCUGUGGACGGACCGCCCUCCACGUUGCCACUGAGAUUGACAACGUGUCGCUGGCUGGUUGCCUGCUGCUGGAGGGAAACGCUGACGUGGACUCCUGCACAUUUAAUGGCUCCACCCCCCUCCACAUUGCAGCAGGACGGGGCUCCAUAAAACUAACUGCUCUCCUGAUGGCUGCAGGUGCAGACCCCCAUAAGGAGAACUUUGAGCCAUUAUUCUUCAGGGAGGAGAAUGAAGAGAGGGAGGAUGACAGUGAUGAUGAAGGCUGUAUCCCAGGAACUACUCCGCUCAGCAUGGCCACCACCACUCAGGUGUUGGAGCUUCUGAAUGGUAAGGAGUAUGAACCAAAAUCUCCACACAGAGCGUUUUCCCCUCCUCAAGGGGACCUGGUGAGUCUGGACGUGCAGGUGAAGCAACAGGUGUGUCGUGCUCUGGAGAAUGAAGGAUGCUGGGAGAGUCUUGCUCACAGUCUGGGUCUUGGGAUCCUCAACAUGGCAUUCAGACUGAGUCCCUCCCCCGCAAAAACACUGCUGGACAGCUACGAGGUUUCGGGCGGGACAGUCACUGACCUGUUGGCUGGUUUGAGGUCAGUUGGAGAAUGCAGAGCACUGAGCAUCCUUGAGGAGGCGCUGUGCCACCUUGACGAUCGGGAAACAAAGGCGACCAGUGAGACAAGAGGCGAGUCUCAGGCUCAGGAUCUGAAGGGGGACGUUCAGCUUGACAGUGGGGUGUGUGACAGCGGGGUGGAGCUUUCCACAGCGUAACGAUGUCAUUAGUCCGUCUCCACAAUCCAUCCAUCAUCCAGCCAUUGAUUGGUCCAUUAGUCCAUCCCUGCCGGCUGAGCUGAGGAGGUUCCUCCUCUUUCAUGAAUGUUUCUCCUCACAGACAUUUUAACCAGUUUUUGGUUUGAAUUUUUUUUUUUUUUUUUUUUUACCUGCUGAUACAGAAAACGUUUGUUGUGUUUAAAGAAAACAAAGGCGCAGCAGUUUAACUGAAAUGAACUAAAAGUAAACGAUUUAUUCAUGUUUCACAGAAAGAAAAAGAAAAUAUGUGAUUCGAUCUUAUUCAGCCCACACUACACUCCAGCAGUUCACCCAAAGAAGUUAAAGAAAUCAUUGGUUUAAAGGAAUAAUUCACCCAAAAAUGAAACCUUGGAGUUCUGCAUUUCCUCAGUGGACACAUCUGAUCCCUGAAAGUGUUGUGACUGCUUAAUCCUCAUUUGGAUUCAAGUUCUGUUGGCUGCUGAAUGAAGAGACAAAACCAGAGUUGCUGGUAGAUUUUAAGUUUUGAUGAAUCAUUCAGCAGUGACGUGUGAAGUGUUUGUUCUGUAGCAGGGUAAAGGUGCUAUGAAUACUGAAAUGAUUGUAAUUUGCCCUAAAGGAUCGGUUCAGAUUGUCUUAAUACGCUCAUGUCCAUUUGUCCAUUUGUAAUGAUUCCUCGUGUCUUGUAACGCAACUGUGGUGAAACAGCAUUUAUGUUACACAUUCAUCUACAGGAAUUCACACAAAUUUGAUUGGCUGAUGCGGCGCGUUGCUAGAUGAUGUCACAGUAGAGCUGCAAAGAUCAAUCGAUUAGUUGUCAGUGACAUGUUCAAGUUCUUUGAUUUAAGUUUCUCACAUGUGAGUAUUUUCUGCUUUUAGUCCUCUAUGACAGUAAACUGAAUAUGUUUAGACUUUUAGCAUUUUUUUUUUGCCAUUUUCAGACAUUUAUGCGCCAAACAACUAAUCAGUUGAUGAAGCUAAUGAUAGACAGAUUAAAUGAUAUUGAAAUCAAUUGGGGAUCUUUUUCUGGGCCCCGGUUUCCUGAAGUCUGAGAGUCUCGGGGACAUUAUGGCUCCCAGAGAAAAAAUUGGAGCCAGGCUAGUUGUUUGGCCAUUUGCAGACUUAGUGCUAAGCUAACGAGCUGAUAACUACAAACAUGACAGGGGCAUCAAUGAGUUUGUGUUUUUUCUAAAAUGUUGAACUAUUCCUUUAAAUUAUAGUUCAUGUGAAUAAAUGGACACACAUUAGAUGGUCACACAUGAUAAACUUCAUUUCUGUGACCUCAUUUAUGUGAAUUUACACAUUUGUGUAAACUUCAUUAAGGCAGAAAUUAUGAUAGAACUACUGGAUUACAAAAGAUGGUGCCUAAUAAAGUGGCCACUGAGUAUACAUGUGACAUGAGCCUCACUGUAAAGCUUCUGUGGGGGAAACAGGAGGAAUCAUUAUAAUGUAUCCACAUGUGGGCUUGACAAUAUUGUAUUAAGACAGAGUUGAUAACUUCUCAAAGUUUCCUUCAAGUGUUUAAAGAUUUUCUUGUUUGAUUUUUUGUCAUCUCACCACUGAAGACUGCAGUUUUUUUGUGUACCUUCAGUUUGUCUUCCCCUGAGUUUGACAGAUGUGUUUUAGCACAAAGACUGGAGGCAAGGGGUGCUGUUAGCUUCGCCAAAUGAAAGAAAAAAAAAGACCUAAUGCAAGGCAUUGUGGGAAACAAAGUCCAGAGCUGUGGAAUCGUUGUCUUUAGUCAGUGUGAAAGCAAAGCUUCUGUGUCCAACAGAUGAUAUUUAUAUCUCUGCACUGUACAGUUCAACACGAGCUUUUCAUUGGUUUUAUUGUUAUUUUUUAAAUAAAGUUGUUUUUUAUAGACUUGUAAA